AGCAUGCUCUGAUCUGUGAGCAUGUGUCUCUCGAAGAGACGAUACGUAGGAGGGUGUUUGUUCUGGACCGCACAUUCGAUAUGAAUGUGCGGGACGACCCGGUGAACGGCGCGCUUCAUCGUCGACUGCUGAUAAUGUGGUGGACUCCGGUAAUACCCGCAGUGACGGUGCAAGGCUUGGAACGGGUUCGACGUGAUUUAUGAGAGGUCGGAGGUGCGAAGGGUAGCGAACCGCACGGUAUAAUGGACGUGAAGGGGUGUGGGUACGUCCAUCGUUGGGUGGAGGCGUUUGCUCGAAGAGCAUGGUUUUGUCCAGUCGACGGACAACCUGCGGUAUAUCAAUGCAAGAAUGCGUACUCUCCCGAGGCAUCCCAAUCGCAACAGUGUCCAUUAGAGCGAUGUUUGUAGGAAGUCCUAGUACGAGAACGGCCACGGAGUUGGCGAGAGUUGUUUGUGCAGGCGAACGUUCGUGACGCUACUGACUGAGAGGGGAUACGGGUACAACGUCUUCGUUAUAUACCCUCCUCCCAUGUGGUGGUGACACAGGCCCCGCCAAGCUGUACAACUGACCUUCUGCGUGCCCUCUGGGCCCCUCAGGACGCCGACCAGGCUUUGGCGCAGAAGCGACAGAGAUGGACUGCCCGUGCUUGCGAGUGGUGGGUCCCGCUGGGGAGGACAUGGUAUUAUCGGCGUCAACCCCGUGUAGACAGCGAAACGAUGCCGUUGAUAGGACGAGGUCAAGACACAAGCUGAACACCGGUGUCCUCGAAAUCAACCCUGUGGGUCCACGUAGACAGAACAUAUCGAAACGGGCCAGGAUCGUACCCACAAACAUGGCUUCCCACUCGGAGUGCGGGUGCAGCUCCGGAAACGAGGCCGAGAUACUGCACUCCACUGUUUCACUAGCCGGCGCGAGCGUCGUAUGUACGGUCGUCUAUCAGCAAAGAUCCGUGAGCGCGCAGAAUAAUGGCGCCGACGAGCACACACGCGCGGACAGCAUUUGAGCAGCG